CACGCCAUGGGGAGCGCCGCUGAGCCCCUGAGCCGACUGGGCCGGGGGUACAUCUACGCCAUCCACGGCUAUUUCUCGGAGAUGCUCUUCACGACCUUCGUCCUGGACCAGGCCUGGACCUUCCGGGCGGCGACCAGCUUGCUCUCCCUCGUCGUCUACGGGACGUGCGGCUUGGCCCUGGAACGCAUCUACCUCCGGCUGCGGGAGAAGUGGUGCCUCCUGACCCGCUGCCUGGUCUACACCCUCUGCAUUUACCUCUGGGAGUUCUCCACGGGCUCCGUCCUCCGCCUCUUCGGCGCCUGCCCCUGGGACUACAGCGGGUUCCGCUACCACCUCCUGGGCCUGGUCACCCUGGAGUACGGCCUCUUCUGGUUCGUGGGCUCCCUUCUGCUGGAGAAGCUGGUCAUCUGCAACGCACUCCGGCUCCGGCUGGACGAAGCCUGGAAGCCCAAAGACAAGCCCUUCCCGAAGUUUGCACUGACAGAGGACUGA